UAUAUACGGACACGAAUGUUAUUUUCACAAUGGUUACUCCAAUCCACAUUAAUAUAUUUAAUACUUUGGAUAUUUUUAAUCUUAUUACCUAUUUAUUGCUUAAAAAAUAAUUUCGGAGAAAAACUGGAACAAAACUACAUUAAAGACAAAGACAGAUUUAACGGGUCUUUUAUUAGAAAUCAGGCAAAUAAUGAUGAAGCUCAAAAAUGUUUUGUAUCACCGCCACUCACUUCCAACAUUUCCCCAACUAACCAUCAAUUCCGGCGCCACCAUCGUUGGAGAAGGGCGCCAGCGGUUUGGGGCGAUCCAGCUCCAGAUUAUUCUUUAGCAGCUUUAGAUCCUCAUAUAAAUAUUUAUUUGUAUGCUCUUAUUUUUGUUGAUUUAAAAACGUAUUUUUAUCAAAUAAAUCUCCGUUUAAUUGUUGUCGAUGUUUUGGAGACAUUCCGGGAUGAUUUAUCACUUUACACUUUCGAGCUUUACCGUAAUUCAAGAAUGGCACAACUUCCUUUUCAUGAUUUUGCUGUUUUGAUUAGUUAUCGUUAUGCGGGAGGGCUUGCUUUUGUUGGGGGAAUGUGUAAUUCUAAGAGUGUAAUGCUUGCUGGGUUUUAUCCUCACAACCCAGAAGCAAUGGCUUCUAUAUUCUUUCAUGAGGUAGCUCAUCUUAUUGGAGUCCCUCACCGUCCAGAAAACGAAACUUUGAAUGUUCCAAACUGUGCUUGUAAUAAUUUAAAUAAUCCGGAAAAACACCGGUUACAAAAUAAAAGAGAAAAUAAGGAAGGAGAGAAAAAAUUGGAAAGCAAUGCUAUGCUCGAUAGGCGUAUAUCUGGAGCUGGAUGUUUGAAAAUUCCUGGUUUUGACCAAGACUGUACAUUACAAUUAAUGGUAAAUAUGGCUUUGCGCACCCGGUGUCUCCUGCGCGAACCAAAAGCAGAGGCUCACACUUCCUCACUACCAAUUUGUGGCAAUGGGGUUUAUGAAGAGGGAGAGCAAUGCGAUUGCGGGCUUGCUGAUAAAUGUAAUGAGUGGAAUUGUGAACCGGAAAAAUGUAUUAGGAGAUGGCCGAUAUGGGCUGUUUGGCUUCUAGGCAUUUUAUUUGGACUUAUAGCAUCAGGUCCAUUUCUUCUAUGGCUUCUCUUUCCCUGUGCAGUUGCUCGUCUACCCCAAACAUCUGUCAAUUCCCCAAAAUGCCGUAGACGUUAUUAUCAUUUCUUUGUGCCUAUACCGCCCUUUGUUGGGGGAGAGGAAAACAACAAUAAAAUAGCUGUCAAAACUCCCCAACAAAAGCCCUCAACAACCCCUCUUUCUACAAAACAAGUCUCUGUCGAAUUACCAGCCGAGCAAACAACGAUAAAAACAAUUAGACUGCCGUUUAUUGAAUGGUUGCUAACUAGUCGGCUUCGAGCCCUUUGGGAACGUAUAAAAUGGUCAAUAUGUAGUGGAAUAAUUGUAAGAAGACGAAGGAAACGUUUAAAUAGUCAAUUCAAUGCAGGCAGUCAAAGUUGCGAUAUUGUUAGAAGACCCGUUAGACCACCUCCUCCCCCACCACUGUUGAAAAAUAAUCUUUGUUAUUCUUCCAACACCCUCAACAGACCAAAAAGACCACCUCCACCUCUCCCACCUCUACCUACGUCUUCUGGACUUUCUAAUUCUUUUAUUCGUCCAAAAGUACUGCCACCUUCCCCGCCAUCUUUAAAAAAUCAAAUUGAAAUUAAUAAUAAUGAAACAAAAAGAUUUAUUGAAUUUUCUAAGGAGUAUGAAGACAUUUAUGAUGAAAAUAAAUGGAAUGAUGAUUUUGAUGAUGAUUAA